AUUACAUACCACGCAGCAGCGGCGCCACCACAGGAUACUACCCCUUGCUCUAAGCUGUCAUCUCCAUGCUUCUCACUCAGGCGGUUCCAGGUUCCCGGUAUAUAAACUCUACUUGCUGUUGCUAAGUACGAGGCUCAGCAUAUAAUUUGCUGUGUUCAGCAAUAUUCAAUCGGUUGAACCCCCGAGCUGAGAGUUGGGUCAUAUUUUGAGCGGCCUCGGACUCAAAGGGACACCGAGGCGGAUUCAUCUGAAGCGAGGACCUAAGCAGUGUCUUGGGCUGAUUUAGGAAAAUCCGUUACCACCGUCACCAUGACGUUCUUUCUAGGGUCGCUACAGGAGGGCAUUGCUGCUGCCUUGCAACAGGCCAAGUCUGUCGUGUGCUUCGUCACGGACGGGGCGGACGAGAGCAAGCUGUGGGAACAUGAGUUCCUCGCCGAGGAAGAGAUCGCCUCGCUGCUAGAGUCCCAGUCGGUGGCACUUCGAAUGGCAGCUGGAUCACAAGAGGAAGGCUUUCUCGCACAGCUCUAUCCUAUACCUAAGAAACCUACCAUUGUGGUAAUCAAGAAUGCCCAGUUGAAGGAGUACAUUGCUGGCGGCGUGACCAAGGAAGAGUUCAUGAGAAGAUUGAAGGCAGCACUUGCUCCUGCCGAACUUGUACCGCCCCAAACCCAGCCUGCGACCGCCCCAGCCGGUCCCUCCAAUCAAACCACCCGGUCCGGUGACUCCUCAAGCAUUCCUGAUCAAGCCAGUCCGCCACCCCCAGAUGAGUCACGUGUCCAGGCACUCUUAGCUGAGAGAGCCGCGAGGCUUUCUGAGAAGAAGAGAAAAGACGAAGAAGAGGCCAAGCGGCAGCGUGCUGAAAAGGCCAAAGCCAAAGCCGAGGCCGAGACCGCCGGGUUGAGGAAGCACGAUCCGCAGAGCCAGCAUGCCGAAACCCUGCGAAAAAAGCAGAGAGAAGCACGCGAGGAACGGCAACGAAUCCUCAAGGCAAUCGAGGACGACAAGGCGGCACGCAAAGCUCGUAGAGCGGAAUUGGAAGCCGAACGAAAGGCGGCAGAGAACCAGGACACCACCCCGUUUGCUCCCGCGAGCCAGCUCUUCCCGUCGUCAGGCAAGCUUAGCGAGCACUGCUCCCUCCAGGUGCGACUGCUCGACGGCUCCACGAUCCGCAGCCGCUUCUCCAGCGACGAGACGCUGAAGGACGUGCGGCAAUGGGUCGACAGCACACGCAAGGACGGCAAGCAACCUUACACAUUCAAGGUGCUUCUAACCCCGUUGCCGAGCAAGAGGAUCGACGUGACCGAGGAGAGCCAGUCCCUCCGGGCGCUGGAGCUUGCGCCUUCAUCGACACUGAUCCUCGUUCCCGUGCCAAAGUACACGGCUGCUUACUCUAAUCCAUCGAGUGGUGCAGCAGAGCCGCAGGGCAACGUGUUCCAGCGGAUUAUUGCCUAUAUCCUUGCCGUCAUCACACGCUUUUUCGGCACCGUCUUUGCUUUCUUUUCAACCUUGUUCAGCACGGCAGGGCAGCAGCCCCCAGCAGCAGCAGCAUCCGAGCCUGCCGUUGCUAGCACCUCGCAGAGCCGAACUGGUGGUGGUGCUGAUGCGGCUCCUCCUACGCGGCGGAGUGGCCCGCGGAUAGCCGGACUCGUCCACCCGGAAGAGAAGCGACGGCGGGAGCAGCAAUACUACAAUGGAAAUUCGACUAACUUCCAGUCUAAUCCCGAUGAUGGUGAUGAAGAGUAGAUGUAAUCUUGAUUACCGAUGUGCGGGGCUGUUCACCCCCUCCCGCGAAGGGCCAGCAAGAGUCCAGCUGAGUGGAAUGCUUGUCUCGCUCAGUUGUAUUUGUACAAUACACUUAUUUCAGGGCCAAAAUACCACCCUCAACCCCCG